ACCUGAGGCGGCGGCGCCGGCGGGAGCCGCUCCCGGCUCCGCGGGAGGGACGGGGCGGGCGGCGGCGAUGGAGGAGCCGCUCUGCUGCUGCGAGUACGUGGACCGGCGCGGCCGGCGCAACCACCUGGCGGCGUGCUGCUGCGACUGCGAGGAGCUGGACGACGGCUGCGACAGGUGGCUGACGUGCAAAUCCCUGCCCCCGGGAGCGCUGGAGAGGAUCGGCGACAGCAUCGCGGACCGGCUGCGGGUCCCCUGGUUCUCGGGGGCCGUGAAGAUCAAUGUCAGCCUCGUGCCGCCACUCGUCCUCCUGCCCGUCUUCCUCCACGUUGCCGCCCUGCACUUCCUGCUGGGGCUCAUCAUCCUGACGUCCCUGCCCGCUGUGGUGCUGUGGUAUUACUACCUCACCCACCGGAGGAAGGAACGGACUCUGUUCUUCUUGAGCCUGGGGCUCUUCUCCUUGGGAUAUAUGUACUAUGUGUUUCUCCGGGAGGUGGUUCCCCGGGGCCACGUGGAGCAUUCCCAAGUGGUCACUCUCACGUGCGGGUUAAUUCUUAUGCUUGCAGCCCUGUCUCGAGCCAAGAAGGACCCUGGCUACCUUCCCAUCCUAGCAGGCAACGAGAGGCCAUCGCUGCAGGAUUUGCACAACAAGAGUAUUAGAGGGAGCUCCAGCGAGCUCCAUGGCAUCUCAGGUGCUGCCAGCAGUCGUGCUGUGAAUGGGGAGGCUAAAGGUUAUUGCAGGAUGUCAGCUGAGCAGCCAGCAGGUGUGAAAAAGGACUGGUGCACUAAAUGCCAGCUGCUCAGGCCAGCCCGAGCAGGGCACUGCCGGCUUUGUGGCAGGUGCGUGAGGAGACUGGACCAUCACUGUGUCUGGAUUAACAGCUGCGUAGGGGAGCAGAACCAUCAAGCUUUCAUCCUUGCACUCUCCUUCUUCAUGCUCACCUCUGUGUAUGGGAUUAUUUUGACCCUGCACACCAUCUGUAGGGGCCGAAGUCUGUUUGUGGCAUUGUUCUACUGCCCUGGGGCCUAUUCUGACUACAGCUCUGCUCUGUCAUUCACCUGUGUAUGGUACUGUGCCAUUGUAACAGCUAGCAUGGGAUACAUCCUCCUUAUCCAGCUGUUGAACAUCAGCUACAACGUGACUGAGAGGGAAGCUCGGCUGGCUCUGCGGGACAACACUGGGCGCAGACUGCUUGGCGGCGCUCUGCCGAGGACAUCGUGUGACACUCAUCUUUCUGCAGCUGGCAUUGUGUCAUGGCUCACUGACUGUUUAGCAGGGGAGCAGCGCCUCCCACCAGGACUCCUCCUCACACAACCUUUCCUCGUGGUCAUUAUGUGGGCUAUCCACUCACUGACAGCAGCAGAUGUUUUCCCUGGUGUAAUGGUUCUUCACAUGCUGUGAGCCAGCAAUAGGAUGCAGAAAGCAGUAAGCCAUAUGUGCAGGUGGGAGAGGAGGAGCCUGCUGCCUUUUUCCACCAUGGGAAACAGCAAGAAGAGCACAAGGUUUUGAGAACUUGAGUUUCCCUUAGAUGUGAAUACUAGCAUCAGGAGGAACCUGCUGCUUCAGAGAGUGCACUGGUUCCCGCAAAGGUUAAGGAAUCCAUGGGUUUGUACCCAUGUGUGGCAUUUUGGAGAUGUCAGAAGAGUGAACUUCGGAUACAGAUAACAGAUGGACCCCUGCAGAAACCAGGAUCUUUGGCUAAAAGAGACUGUCUAGGCAGUCACUGGGCAGUGCUCUUGUCUCUGGUGCAUUUAUUUCUUUAUUUUUACUAUCUCUGAUUCCAUCCGGCUGUGUACAUGCUUCUAUUAAGUGCCUUUGUGAGCUACGUUCCUAUAGGACUUUGUAAGAUCCUUUCACCUCCUGACCCCUAAAGUUGUUAUUCCAUCCCUGCCUGUCUAAAUGAGUGAAAAGACAUCCCAUUGUUCUUUCUGCAAGCUGGGUCUGUAUUGGUUUGAAGGCUUUGCUCAUCUCCCUCAAAGUGUUUCUGCUCUGAUCAUGGGUUGUGACAUGUGACAGCAGAUAAAUACACCAAGUAAGGAGUUUUGAAGCACCACGUGAUAGUGAACUUUGAGGGCAAAACAAGAGUGCUGUCUGGUAUUACUGUAACUUUAUGGAAAUUACCUUCAUCCUAUGUCUGUGGGAGAGUAGGCAAUUCUGAUAGCAGCAUGUUUGGUAGGUAGCAUCUUGGUUGUGUUGUUGUUAGCGCACUGAUCUUGUCUUCUCUCAACCCAGUUACUGUGGAGCUGCCUGACUAGAUCUGAUUUCUCAAGCCAAGAAGACAAGGAACAGAUGAACCCUAAGGUACAUAGGGAGAGGUGGAGGAUGUGUUGGAGGUGUUUGGUUUUGGGAUAGAUGACCUGUACUGGCAGGUAAAUUAACUUGUUAAAAUGUGCUCUGCAAGAGUGCCAUUUUUUUCUCAUCAGCCUGCAACUGUAUUAUGGCCUGGACUUGAGCUUCAGCCAAAAUAACAAGGUUUUGGUAGCAGUGGUUUCUGGAUUUCAUGGGUGGGACUUUUUGUGGCUUUUUGUUUUAAACCCUUUAUGUAUGCUGUUGGCCCUGCAAUAAUAAGAAAGGUCUGGCCGGAAGAGCUGGGGACCAUUGCACAAGAAUUUUAGGUUGGGCCUAAGGUGCAAAAGCGGAGAUAGAGCUUUGUCCUAGCAAUGGUGUUUCAGACAUGUGCAGUACGCAUGCGUCACGCCUGCCCCUGAGUGCAUGGGCAUGGCAGGCAGCUGGGGGAUGUUAGGCAAGUGAUGCACUGUGCUGCUGUGCAGUAGCUUUGAAGAAUAAACCAAUGUUGCAUGUUGCCAAAAGAAAGCAGGGUUGAGGCUCUCCGUUGGGAUCCCUGCCAUAUUUUUUGAGAGUGUUCCUCAUGUGUCCCAGUUUAAGGUAAAGACUGUGUCGCUCUUUGUACUGUUUGGUUUCCUCAAGUGGCACAUUUUAUAACCAGCAGAUAAUUGAGGAGCAGCUGCAUUUUGAAUGUGGCAAUACAGUUACUGAAUUUCCCCUAUUUCUUUCCCCUUUUCAUCCAGUAAGCAGUUCUUUAUUAGGUGGUAAAGGGAAAGCUCUUUUGCUUCCUACCUCUAACCAAGCACAGUAGAAGGUUCUGACCACUUUCUUGAUGAUAAUGUGAAUAAAAAUGUACACAGCUGGACUGUGCAAAGAGUUCCUUUAUGACCUUCUGUUUGGAGCUUGAAGCCUGAUCCUAGGAGUUCAAAUUGAGACAAAGUUGCUUCCACUUGAGUAGUCUGUAAAUGUUUUCAUGGCACAUAUGUAUAUUGUGAUGCCUGCUGAGAUGAUAUCAAGUUUGGCAACCCUUGAGAAAAGGAUGCUGUGGGCUAGCAGGAUCUUCUUAGAUCUUACCCUGCUGGCACUGAGGAACAUACUGGCAGAAGGACCUCCUGGGCUGAAUGAACCCCUGCAGUGGAGACAGCCAAUUUGUCUGUCCCUGUGUGCUGCAUGCACAGGAAUCAAUCAUGCACCCACAGGCUGAACAAGCUCUGGGAGCUUUUGCAGGUUUGAGAUAAGUGAUUUCUCAGAGUCCUGCUACUCCUGGCUGGGAGAAAGCAGAGCAGAUCACAGGGCGCUUCCCUGGCAGUGCUAACACUGUGGUGUUCACUUGCUCCCACAGGCAGAGAUUGGUUUCACCUUUGCAACCUGUCACUGUAGCUUUGUCCCUUGUCUCUUAGUGAGUGGAGGUUUAAUCUGAACUGCUUACACCGAGACACUCUCUGGGUUGUUCUCCCAGGCAGCAUGGAAUUUGGAGCGCAGAUUAGGAACAAAGGACCUGAGAGCUGAAAGCAUGCUCCAGUAGAGUGGGGGCAAAGUGCUAAAGUAAAUUUCAUUUUUUGCACUGGCUCCAGGGGGAACUGAAACCAUUCAGGGCACUAAAGGAUUACAAGGAUGGAGUUUUUUUCUAGGAGGAAAAUGCAGUACUGGUUCCUCAGUGAAUAUGAGGUUCAGGUGGCUGUAAUCUGCAUGGUAAUGGUGACUGUCUCUUUAACGGCAUGGCAUUGGUUUACCUCUUCUUCCUGAUAGGAUUUGCUUUGUGAACGUGUUGGGCGAUGAGAAGCAUAAAGUAAUGGGAUAUUUCAAAGGCAUCUAAAUGGGUGGAAGAGUUUCAGUUCCUUCAGAUGCAUAUGUUGGAACUCUCCUUUUAACAUCCCUGAGAAUUAACAGGAGACCUUUGGAGGGUAAUGCUUCCAUUCCAGUUAUUGCGAGGGCAAAUUGUUGUGAUCUGGUGUGCUCAGGAACAGUUUAUUUUCUGAGUAAUUUCCUGCUGAGCUUGGUACUGACCAUGCUGGUACAAAAACAUUAAAAUCUAGGCAUACAGAGUCAGUCCUUGGGCUCCCUGUGUUAGAAGCUGCCUAGAUCCUUGCUGCCUGGGGGUUGGAGCAGUGGGAGCAGCCUGCAUGUGACAGGGGACUUGUGGGUUGUGUGUGGCCUUCAGGCAAGGACCAAUGUCUCACCUGUAAAGCUGUAUGCCUGGCAGGAAACAGUACCCUGCUGGCUCUUGAUCAUUUUCCCUGUGUGUGAAGAGAGGACCUAAAAGAGCAGGGAAGGAUUUUGGUAAUAGCCAGCCAGCCUUGAUGUUUUUCAGCCCAGACUUUGAAAGUUAGUUUAUCUUGUUUUACCCAUGACCUUUUAAGAGGCAUUUGUUGUUUAACAAAUAGUGUGGACUUCUGUAAACCAGGCAGCUCUUAGGGGCCCAGGGUUCUGGUUUUGCUGGUGUUGUAGUGUUACACCCUCCAUGUCCGAAUGCCAUCACCCCACUGUUUGGUGUCUGUAGUAGGAACAGUGCACCAUUAGAUACACCCUGUAAGUGCUGGCUUGGCACUCGUUAACUGUGUCUUCCUGCAUUGUGCUUUUUUGUAGGCGAGUCACAGGUCCCCAUGUCAGCUGUUUCUCCAUUUAACUUGUCCUCAAAUGACAAAAGUCACUGGUGAGCCUGAGCUGGUGCUGCUUGUGACUCCUAAUCACAUUUCAGCCUUCAUGCUAUGAUGGUGCUUUUUUUUCCCUUCAAAGUAGGUUGCUUUCAAGUGUCUUAAUGAAACCAUUUGCUGUAAAAUUUCUUCAGAAGAUAAAAUGGAUACUGCCUCACUGCCUAAUGUCUUAAUAAUGUGCUUGGUUUUUUCCUCCUAUAUGAAUGUAUAUUGCCUCAUUAGGGCAGGAAGCCUGUGUGAUUAUGGAUGUGUUUUCCUGUAUUCCUUUCAGUGAAAAAUUCUACAGUUACCUAGGAUUGAGGUUUUUUGCCACUACCAGGAGGAUCCUGCAGCAAAAAUCUGUUUGCAGACAGGUGAGGUUCUUUGUGAAAUGUGGGAAUUCAGCCUAUAAGAUCUUGUCUUUAUGGAAUUCCUCUACUGAUAAUGUGAAGAGUGAUGGGCUCUGGAAGAAAGUGGAAAGUAUUUUUUUUUAAACCUGAGCUUCAGGAAGAAAUUUUGUGAAAAAUUUGUGAGCUUUUUAGAAGAGACUGAUGUGUGUAUGUUUAUGUCCAUUUUGCAUCAUGUUUAGUGUUUUCAAAUGGGUAUCAAAUGAAUCAAAAUAAAUUAAUGGAAAUGA